CAAGGCCAUACCGAUACACUCGAUGGCAACGACGCCGAAGCCGAAGCUGACGCCGAUACGGUAUACAAGGGCCUAUCUCUCCUGGCCAAGUUUGAGGCUGCCGUCAGUGAGGCUGGAGAACUGACGGUACAGUCGAACUUGAGAACGCAGUCAUUGGGCCAACCCCUCUCGCCUUCGCCUAUCCAUAUCCUGUGCGACGGCGCCGGUGGUCGAGUUUCGGCCUUGUUGACUCCGACAUUGGAAGCAGUAGAGACUAACCAGAGCAACAGUGGCACUACUGGUGGUAGUCGAGGCUCAGUGAAUUUGUCGGCAGCACAAAGUGAUACACCUACGAACAGUCGCAGCAACAGCACCAUCUUCAGCAGCAAAAGCAAGCCGUUUCAUGCGACAUUUUCGACCAAUACUGGAGGCUUCUCAUCAACUCGCAGUGUUGAAACCACGGAUUCCCUCCAGAAAGACGCCUUGCCUCAUGUUAACGAUGAUAUCGUUGCUGCUGGCAAUGAUGAUGACCGCGUCAUUGAUGUUGGCUGCCUCCCGAGCGCUGACGGCGGCCCCAUGGCUCUUCCUGCAAGUUACCGUGACGGUGUGACUGAUGGCCCUUCUGCCCCUUUCGAGAGCCGCACUAGUCCCUUACCUGUCCCCACUGCGCAUCUUCACUCCCAACAUAUCGAGUCACCACUCCAACAGCAACAACAACAACAACAACAGCAAAAAAGGCAACAAAACCAGCACCAACAAACGAAUAACCACCCCAGAGAUGCGGAGGAUAACGCGAUGUCGAUGGUCAUCCAUCACAAAGUCGACAACGAAAUCAUCCAAUCACGAAUGGAUAUCGAGCACCGUCGCCAAACCUACAACUCGACACAACAGCAACAACACCACCACCUCCAUUUACCUCCCUUCCCACCGGCGGUGGCCAAGACAGCCGGGUCUAAUUCCAAGAUGACGAUGACGACACGAGGCCGAGUCUCCAACAUGCCGCCCUUUGAUCGCCAGCACCGGUUUGCGAGGCGCGACUACACAUCGCCGACGUAUCUGGAAGACUUUGUGUUGACGCGUCGAGGGUCGAUCAAUGACAAGAACUGGACGACUUCGUUGACUCCUCGCGCGACCGUGUUGCCUUUUAAACUUGCCAUUGAUGCCCAAAAACAAGCCCUGAAAGGUCUCAAGACUUCUGACGCCGCGCCGCCGUCCGAGUCGUCGCCGUCGCCGGAAAGGAAUCGGUGGUUGCCAGAGUCCUCUCCUGGGCAUGAGAUCCAUCCACCGACUGAACCUGGUCCAGUGUAUGGAGUCAAUCGACCGAAAUUCACGCACCGACAUGCGAUGUACGAUGUGCCGUUUUAUGGGAUUGAGAAUGUUGAAAUCUCUUCGAGUCGAUAUCGGCUUUUGACGCAGUUAGAUUCCACAAAGGCGCUAGGGGAGGCCGAUGAAGGAAGAAACAGUAGUGGUGUUGGCGUUGGGGUUAGCCGUAGUGGUUACGGCAGAGAGGUUGGAGACGAGGGGGAGGGUGGAUGGCCAAGUCCGUUAAGUGACCAUCGAGAACACAUCUGGUCGAUCGCACACGAAGACGAAUAUGGACCGGAGACGGGUGCAGGGGCAGUGGAGGAGAAUAUGAUGCUCCGAGAGAGACUCAAACGAGCGCAAGUAAUACUUCCCGUUCUUCGUCCGAUGCCACCGGCAAUCAGUCCUACUUCUGGAUCUGGGUCGGGAUCGAGGUCUGGCGAAGCGCAACUCAGGCAAGGAUAUCGAGGAGGAGGAGGAGCGAAGGAUCUGAGAAUUGACGUUGAGCAAGGUUCGCAAGUAGAAUUCUCACAGAUGACGGUCUCGUCCUCGGCAUCCAGGAGCACCAACGCUACUAAAAGCAACAGCGUUCAAUUGAUCCCUAUGAGCCAUCAUGGCCAUGGUCAUGGCCAAGUGCCCCGUCGACCACGAAAGCCCCGUGCCGUGAGCGAAGGAGUCUACGGCCCAGAUACGUUCCAAGAGUCACUCGAGCUCCUCAAGUAUGUCCCGGAGCGGCCGAGGGGUUGGAGAGCAAAGACAUUGACGAUUACUCAACAGCACUGGAAGACGUGGCUCUGUGUUGGGACGAUGUUUGUGGCUGCGAUUGUACUCCCGCUGGUGCUCAUCAAGAAGAAGGAUAAUGGUAGUGGUAGUAAUGAAGCGGCGAGAGUUGGUCAAGGUGGCGAGGAUCUUGGAUUUGAGGGCAGAGCGACGGUAAUGGCGACGGGGAUGGAAUCAUCUGGCGGUGAUGGAAGAAAGACGGUUGUUACUAAGACUGCGAAACCCUCGUCUACUCGUAGCGUCACGGCCACUACCACAUCGACGUCGGUCACGGCCUCAGCCUCCAGUUCAAGGUUAGCGGCGGCUCCUACAUCCAAGGCGACAACAGCCAAGCGAUCUACAACCGCACGCACAUCUUCGAGACGACGCUCCAAGGUUACUCGAACCGCCACUUCGAGACCCUUUUCUCGCACUGUCGCGCCAACACGAACGUCAACCUCCAGAGCUUCCUCCCCCACUGUUUGA